UUUCUUCCUUUUUGCUCUCUAAGAAUUUUCUAUCUCCUAGACCCUAGGUCCCCAUCCCAUUCCCUCGCAAAAACCUUCGUCAUGAACUGGGUGGAAGGCAACCUCUCUCGGCAUCGUCGAGGAAAGGGCUGGAAAGAGGACAUUGUAAAACAAGAGCAAUAUUUCGCAAAGGCCCGCUCUCGGCAGCGUGCGCAAGCAAAAACCAGCCCUGUGACUCUAUCUACUGCCAAUUUCGUCCCCAGCUAUUCCGCCUCAUCGAAAACAGCCACCGGGGUGACCAGAUCAAGUCCUUCCUCUUCGCUACCAGCGCCUCUGGACACUUCCGACAAGUCCUCGGCUAACAAGGCUAACCCGUCGCAAAUCAUGCAACGCGAUGUUACUGAACAGCUGUUAUGCGUCGUGCCACCAAGCCAGAUGAGCGGGUCGGCUAUGUUCACUGGUCAGUCGAUGGAAGGCCAUUUAGCUGGCAUCUUUGAUCUAGAGGCCGAGCGGCGGAGACUUCUCAAAGAUGAACUGCCGAAACUUUCAAUAAUAAAACCCACGCAGAAAAGAGGCUGUUCAACCGCUGCUAGGCAAAUUGUCGGGCAACAGCAGCAGUUUGAAAAACCUACUAGCCGUCGCGCGAUGCAGCCAAGCGUUGGCGGACAAAGAGGUAGCAGAAAGAGGAGAUCGAGCCAGAUCACGUCUUCGCCCGUCGAUACAACGAUCAGGAUACGAGUUGGGAGUAGAAACUAUCAAUGGAGCGAGGCGGGCAAUUCUGUAAGAGACCCUGCGUAUCAUAGCGACUACUCGUCACCAAGUCAAAGUGAAGAUGAAACUGGAUGCAAGACCAGCAGUACGGGCAAUCCAUCAUACGUCAUUGGCAAGUCUCUUGCAAGGCUCUCGUCAUUAGCUAUCAGUUCAUUACCUUGGCUAUCCCCUGGAAGUCGGUCUACACAUUGCCGAAGGUUCUCCGACCCAACGCAGCGCAUUGACAGAGCAGCAUCGGCAAAAUCUCAAUGCCCGAUGACAGCUUAUACUAAUGGGCUAUCACCAAGACCGCCGGCAUCAACGCCUGCGAGUGACUCCGUUAGCAGCAUGGUCGUAGAGGUUGGCAGUGGACAAAAUUCUCCGAAGAUUUGCAUAGGUGAAGAAGAGAUAUGGAGGGCGUGGCUGAACAAAGACAUUCCCGUGUUCCAGGUGCCAAAAUACGACAAGACAUAGCUGCCGAUAUUGUCAGACCUCGUACAACACUCGUGCCUUGGGGAUUAGCAGUUGCUGCAUUGCCAAUCCAAGCUGACUGCGAACGCGCCCUCCAAGAACCUAGUGUGAGGUUGAAAAGACGGUUUGACGGAAGACUCUGAACAAUUUGCGUAUCCAUGCCCUUUCGAAGCAUAUAGCCGAACCGGGGGUAACGAGAGCGAAGCACCUGUUGAAAGGAACCAUGGCCCCACACGAAGUUGAGAAAACACAACUGCCGACAUUUUAGUGCGGUCAGAAGCUGCACAAGCACCACGACGGAUGCAUUCGGAUGGCCAACGAGUGGGGGUCAUGAGAUUGAGCCAUUAUUUCCGCUUGCUGGGACAAGGAUUGAUAGUAAUAUUCAGGCAACGGAUUCUUGAUGGGAAAAUUUUGCCUUUUGGAUGGGGAUAUGUCCAAGCG